AUGGUGCCUGAAUACAAAUACCCACUACCGCAAAUAUUGGGAAUCAUGAUUGCAGGCAAGGCUGAUGUCUUUUCCAUACGCGAUUGGCUGUUUCGGCAUCAUCGGUUAUUUGACAAAUUGGUCAUUGUGGAUGGAUCCAAGAGUGAUUACAUUGCCAAUCUUGCCAAAUCUCAUUAUCAUCAGAACGUGGUAGUGCUGAAAGAAGAAACUCUGCAACUUACCACCAUUUCGGAUCAAACGUUAAGAGGACCAGCCAUGACAGUAUUGGGUAAUCCAGUCGGAUCAUGGAUUAUGAUAUGUCAUGCGGAUGAAUUCUGGACGAUCGAUCCGAGACGAUUGGUGAUGGAGAAUGACAAGGAAGAAGACCAAAAUGGGUGGACGAAUGAAACUCAGAAACAUAAUGUUUUGAGGUUCCCAGUCCUAACGGCGAGUCCAUACGAAAGUCGAUAUCAAAUGGAGGUCGAAAAGAUCAAAGCUGAUCCCAAGUAUUGGCAAGAAGGGGAUUUUCACAUCCUGCAUGCCUCCAAUAUGACGCACGGGUACAAGUCGUCAUCCAACUUGGUGCGCGACUAUUUUGAAAAUCGCAUCUUCCGAUGGCAAGAUGGCAUGGCUUGGGGAACGAGGAAUGGUUUAGUGGUGCCCGAACACAUUCCUUUGGGUCAAAAGAUACGAUACUACCGAGAUGCCUUUUUUGUUCAUUUCAAAUUGCACGAUUUUUCGGCCGAUGGCUCAUUCAAGGGCAAAUCAGGAGGAUUCAAGAAUUCCAACCUGAGAACGGGAACUCGAGACGAACGAGCGGAAGGAUGGAUGGGAAGCUUUUUGGACGUAUCGUACCCAGAACAAGUAGCCCAAUUCCCUCCCCGUAACAUGGAAUCAGCUCUUUUGGAGAGAUGUGUGGAGUUUGCAAAUAGGCGAUGGCCAUGCGAAUUGGGGUGGAAUGUGAAUGCUACGUUUACAUGA